GGAGAGCCCUUGCACCUCUGAAGCUGCUGCAGACACCGAAAGCUAAAGGAAACGCCGCCGUUUGCAGCUCAGGAGUUACCGAAAGUCUUUGACAUAGUUGGAGGGGACGCUUGUAAUUUUCCAGGAUGUUUUCACUCGGGGAGACGAUGGAGUUUCUGAUAGGAAACCCGUUUUCAACGCCUGUCGGUCAGAGGAUCGAGCGAGCGACCAGCGGCUCUCUGCAGUCGGAGGACUGGGGACUUAACAUGGAGAUAUGUGACAUCAUCAACGAGACAGACGAGGGGCCCAAAGAUGCAGUCAAAGCUAUAAAGAAAAGAAUUGUUGGAACCAAGAACUUCAGAGAGGUCAUGUUGGCGCUCACUGUUCUCGAGGCCUGUGUGAAGAACUGUGGCCAGCGCUUCCACAUCCUGGUGGCGUCACAGGAGUUUGUUGAAGGAGUUUUGGUCCGCUCCAUUCUGCCUAAAUACAACCCUCCCACCGCCCUCCACGACAGGGUGCUCAGCCUCAUACAGUCAUGGGCUGAUGCGUUUCGUAGCAAUCCCUCUCUAGCGGGGGUGGUGUAUGUCUACGAUGACCUGAGGAGACGUGGUCUGGAGUUCCCCAUGACAGAUCUGGAUGCUCUGUCCCCCAUCCACACUCCAAACAGGAGUAUUCCAGAAAACGGGACCUCUGAGACGACCCCUGCCUCUGCUCCCACGCAGCAGUCACAACCACAAGCACCCUCCAGUGUUCCCACUCAGAAUACCUCACCUCCAGUCCAGUCCAGUGAGGGAUCAGCCUCCCUCUCUGCAGAACAGGAACAAAAGCUGCGCAGUGAGCUGGCGCUGGUGAAGGGAAAUCUCACUGUGAUGUCAGAAAUGCUGAAUGAGUUAAUACCUGGACAGAGCCAGCAGGAUGACACAGAACUGCUACAGCAGCUGUACUCGAUGUGUAAGAGCAUGCAGACUCGAGUGGUGGAGCUCAUCCCCCAGCUGAUGGAUGAAGGCUUUAUUGAGGAGCUGCUAGUGGUCAACGAUGACCUCAACAACGCCUUCAUCCGCUAUGAGAGGUUUGACAGACUGAACAAGGCACAAAUUCCAAAUACUCAACAGAGCUCUACCACGAGCCCGAGCCUCAUUGACCUCAGCCCCGAGUCUUCAACGCUCACACCUGCCGUCAUCACAACAACCAGCCAACCAGCAGUCAGCACUCAAGCCAAUCAGCAACAAUCAGCCAACCGCAAAGAGGAGGAAGAGUUUGACAUGUUUGCCCAGACGAGAGGCAGCUCCCUGGCUGAGCAGAGGAAAAGUGUCAGGUACGAGGACCCUGGAGCUGUAGAGGGCCUUGCUGGAGCUCUGGAUACCAGGUUGCAGGUCACAGGAGGGAUGCCUACAACGAAAAACUCUCAGCAGAAUGAUGUUGACAAGUGGUUAUCGUGUGAUAUGCAAGACCAGUCUUCAGUUAGCGAGGGAGUGUCCAGUGAAGAUUUUGAUAAGUUUCUGGAAGAUCGGGCGAAGGCGUCAGACCAAAGCAGCCAGGCAGUUCGCAGCGUGCCGCCCUCCACGUCCAGACCGCCGCCACAAUCUACCCGGCAACAGGACAGAUCACAUGACCAACCUUUUUUCACUUUGAGUUUGUGGACAAACGAGAGACGUGGGUGGAUGUAAAAGUCGACAUAUACACGCCAGCAUAUUAAAAUCUACCUACAAUCACACACAUACUGUGUUGAAGGGAGACUUUGUUGGGUUUUUUUUUUAACCUGGACCCUAUUUUUUCAUGUUUUUGUGUCUAAGUGACUGAUAGAAACAACAAUUUUUGAAACUGGUAAUAACCGCCACGGGCAGUUUUGCACAAUCAAUUAACAUCAAUUAAAAGUCCUAUUUUAAGUAACUUCCAUAUUCGAGUUCUUGCAAUAAAUUCUAGAUUACUUGAGUAUUUGCAAAGAAAUAAAAAUCUAUAAAGAGUAGGGAUGUAAAUUGGCUAAAAUUCAGAACCUAACAAGAAAAAUCAGCAAACUGUCGCUGCCACACAAGUUAAACGCAGCACUGAAGGACUGUCUCUGAGCCGCUCUCCUCUCUGUAGGUAUUAUAUUGCAGCCAGAUA